UAUUGGAAAGAUAUCAAAAACUCUAUAAGGGAUUUACUUAUUAAAGUGGCCUUGGUUACUUGAAAGUACUUGCUUAAUAUAACAACUUAAAUACAUACUUGCCCUUUAUGUAUUUUUUUAUUUUUUUUAACGCAACCCCGCCUCAAAAACUUCAAGAAAACCCCUUCAACCUCGACAAUGGCUACAAUCCAAAUACUUUCCGACCUUCAUUUGGAGGCUUAUAAUACUUACGACAACUUCGAGAUCACUCCUCAUGCGCCAUAUCUCGCUUUGCUGGGUGAUAUCGGUUGCGUCAAGAAGCAUGAAGAACAUUUUCUCGCUUUUUUGAGAAGACAGCUCGCCAAUUUUCGCGUCGUAUUCUUCCUGUUGGGUAACCAUGAGCCUUAUUAUUCAAGCUGGGACUAUACCAAGCAGACUAUGCUCCGUUUCGAACAGCAAGUACACCAGGAGCGAGAAGCGCAGUCUUGUAUUGGCGAAUUCGUCUUUCUUGACAAGAGAAGAUAUGAUAUCGACAAUAAUGGAACAAGUCUGACAAUUUUGGGUUGCACACUUUUCUCUAAGGUCCCCUCAGAUUCCAUAGAUGACGUCAGCUUUGGCUUAAACGACUUCUACCAUAUCGAGAACUGGACGGUUGAACAACAUAGCGCGGAGCACGAUGGCGAGUUAGAAUGGUUGAACAAUCGUGUAGAAGAACUACAGGGUUCUGGGAGAAAAAUCGCCAUAUUCACACAUCACAGUCCGACACGAGAUGAAAGGAGCGUAGAAGCACAACACCGCCAGAGCAAAAGGACCGCCGGGUUCUCUACCGAUCUCAGCGAUCAGCAUUGCUGGCGUAGUAACGACGUAAAACUCUGGGCAUUUGGGCAUACCCAUUACAACUGCGACUAUGUAGACACGAAGACUAACAAGAGGGUUUACACAAACCAGAAAGGGUACUUCGGUGGUUCUGACGGGUUUAAUGUUAACAGAGUAAUUUGUUUAUGAGUUUCUAUUAUAGAAA